CCAAUCAGCGUCGAGCACCGCCAGCUGGUGCGAGGAUGUUCCAAGAGGGCUUCGGAGCCAACUAGUCAGAAGCGCGCGAGCCGUCAGAGGAUCCGCGUCGGCGCGCCGAGACUUCCGACGUCCACCCGGGAAACGUGCCUCGCCAUGUCCAAACCCCAGGUGCUCUUCGUGGUCCUCUUCGUGGCGUGCCCGGUGCUUUCCUGGGGCGCGGAAUUGCCGAAGCCGAGCUAUGCCAGGACCGUUCUGAAGGUGUCAAGAAGUCUCCCAGGAGAAACGGAGGAGCUGAAAGUCAGGACCAGCGAUGGAGAGUUGGCGACCUUGAUCGUGAAGAAGAGGGAAAGAUCCUCGACGGAUCCCCGUCGCUCUUCGACAUCGUCAGAGCCGGAGCAAAAGGAGGUUGCCUCCAACUCAGUCACCGAAUCGACUCCUGGGGAUGUCGGGGCAUCUUCCAGCAUCACCAGAGAGGAGAUCAGGAAGCUGGAGAACGAGCAGGUGGAGGAGAUCAGGUCGAAGUUCUCGAUUUCCCCGGAGACUCCGAAGAACAGGAGCGAGGACGACCGCUCGUCCUCGUCGAGGGAUAAAUUCGAACAGGUGGACUACGGAAGCUGGACCCCGCUCGAUCAGAAUGGUCGAGCCCUGAAAACGAAUCCCGAAGAGAGGACAACAGAGGCGUACCUGAGCUGGAAGCCGGUGCAGACGGAUCCGACGAGCACCAGCGAGGACAGGAUGGACUUCCCCAGGUACCAAUCUCCGGUUCUCCAGAGCCGAAGUUUGAUCCUGCCGAGUCGCGGUUUCGAGGCAUUAAACCCGAGUAAAAUCGUCAACAACGAAGGCACCUACGCCUUCCUGAGGCACCAGCCAAGACCCCCGGUGAGGACCAACCUGGGAGCCAACUUGAUGAAGAACCGCGACGCGAAGGACGUCCCUUCCGAGGUGAUCAUCAGGUCGGAGAUUAACGUGAAGUCGAUCCCGAAAAGGUCGCCCAUGUCCCUGGAAGCCGAUGGCACCCCGGUGAUUCAUGGCAAGAGGGUCCCCGACGAGCCCAUCGACAAGAUCCAGACCUGGAGGAACGCCAGGGUCAUCAACAACAAACUGGUACUCGAAGGAGCCGCCAGCAACGUCGACGUCCAGCCGUCCUUGGGGCCCUUCCACGUGGCGGAGAACAAGAGAUUCGAGCGAUUCUUCAAGGACGUGAACAGAAGGUACGGCAGGAACGUGGAGGACGAGGGCAGAAACGUCUACUUCGAGUGGGACCCGGCCAACUAUAGGAACCCAGCCCUGGGAGCCGAAGUAUACGACGCCACCCUGGAGAAGGGGACCUCCGGGGUCCAGAAGAGGAUGCUGCAUCCGGAGGGCGUACAAAAUUACCCGAUCUCCCCGGUCUACACCCCGGAGAGCCAGAAGAUCGCUCCUGUGGCCUUGAAACCUGGGGCCAGGGCCCCCGUUCUCCAGUACGCCCACCCUGAGCUCGGGGUACAACCCGCGAAGAUCUUGAAGAAUGAAAAACGAAGGCCCGACAACUUCCCGGAGAACCAGAACUCCUUCACCGAGCAGAGGCACAAGAAGAAGUACGUCCUGAACGACAAGAACCUGGUUGAUUCCUACACCACGAAGAACUACUAUCCGAACCAGCACUUCUACGGACUGAAGAGGCCCAUCGAGGCGCCCUUCUGGGUCAAGAUCUCGGAGAACCUGAGGAACGGAUUUUCAACCAGCGUGGAGAGGGUCUCGCAGCUGACGAAGCCGGUUUUCGAUCCUCUGGUGGAGGCCACGCAUAAAAUAUCGCAGAAUCUGGGGCUGUCCAGGAGUCAGGAGGCGCAGGAGAAGGUCGGCACCGUGGCUUCGGGGUCGUCGAUCCUGAUCCCGGCUUUGGGCCUCGUCGCUUCGGGGGCUGCUCUUGGAAUUGGAGCGGUUGCUGUCGGUAGAUACCUCGACGUCGACGUCCUGAAAAGGUCCAACGAGGAUGCAGACCUGGAGAGACGAAGAGCGAUGGGGUCUUCGUGGUCGGACGGGCUGCAGCGCGCCGAGCCCUUGGAGAUCGUCUCGACCAGAGGUCCUGGAGAGGGUCCAGAUGGAGUAACCCAGGAAGAUGGUCUGAUUCUGGUUCUCGAAGACGACUCUUCCGAUGCCGAGAAAAAUCCAAGAAAGGGUCAGGUGCCCUCGGGAACCGACUACAAGCGGACGGAACGACGUAGGAGGAGUCUGGAUUACCUCGACGUGUUCAACGCCGACGUCGAUCUGGACAACCUCGUCAGGAGCAAACGUCUCCAGAGGAAGGGAGCCGACUCCAUCUCCGAGAUCGUCGAGAUCGACGUCCCCGCCAGGGGGAGUAUCAACAUCGACGAGCUUAUCCUUCCGAAGCUGAAGAGAGGGAAGGGCGAGGGCAGCAUCCUGGUCAUUGGGGAUGAACUCGAGGACCCUGAAGAAUCCUCGAAGAGUCUUGGAGAACCCUCGAAAAGCCUCGAAGAACCGAAGCUGGAGCGUCCUGCCGAGGCUGGUACCGGGAACCACCUCGAAGAGAGGAAAACCAGGUCCAGAAGAAGCGUCGACGGCGACCUCGAGCUCGAGGAUGCUUUUCAGAAUCUGGAGAACGCCGAAGUUGCCGAAGUCGGACACGUUAAUGGCGACUGGACGAACACUCCUUGCGCGAAGAGGAUAUUUUGUGAUACCAUGAUACAGAGGGGUCCUGACGACGCCAUCUUUAUGGAGAAGAAAAUGGCGUCCUUGCUGAGCUUGAUCCAACCGAGUGCGGCUAUCCAAGUAUCGAGUCAUUUCCAAGAAGUAAUGGAGGCUGUCAGGAGACACGACUGCUCUAGUUUCCUGUGUCCCCAAGCCAGGCCGGGGAACGUUUUUUUCUAGCGUUGACAUUUCCCCAUCCGACACUAUAUCAUCAACCCUUCGUGAUUGUGCAAUGCUUUACGGUAAAAACACGACUGAUUUGCCGACGUUAAUCGCAGUCUUCGAAUCCGAUUGGUAUCGGAGGAAUGACGUUUCCCUAUGGUAUGACCGAUGACGGACCUGCUUAGGAUGAUAUCACGCCAAAAUGUAAAUAGUAAUCGUUGCGAUAAUUCUAUUUAAUGUAAACCUUUAACUUAAGUAACUAGUUAUUAUUUACUUUCUAAUUCCCUCUCUCUCUCUUCAAACGCCGAUUUGCGGUGAGGAAAAGAAAAUGUCCUUUCCUGAGUUUUCCUCCCCGUAUCAUCCUGAUAAUCGCGAUUAAUUGUUUCGCAAAUGGUGCAUGCCGCAUUAAAGGAGGUACACGACAAAAUUACGAGAAACUUAAAAUUCGUAGAUUUAAGAUACGACAUCCGGGUUAAUUUUAAUAUACGUGAUUUCUCCAGGAAUCCGUAAUAAUGUGCGCACCUCGAUGUACUUCCACUACUGCACGUAUGUAUAAGUAUGUAAUGACCAGACACCCCGUAGUAAAUCGAUUAACAUCGCUAUUUAUUGUCCCCCAGGACGUGAGGUAGUAUUAAUUAUAAAAUUCGUCCGUCAAAAACGAGGAACUGUACAGAUUAUACGACGGAAUAAACGCGGGAGUGUGUGCUUUUUUUUAUAUCAUUACAUACGACCGUACUCUUCUGAAAAUGCCAAAAAAUGCACUAACAAUUUAAAACACUGC